AUGGGAAUGGUCGCCGCCGCCACUGCCCCGUCCACGUCGCGCCUCCUCCAUCACCGCCACGCCACCUCCGGCUCCAAGCGCCACAGCCACCACCACCACCAGCAGCGGCUCAGGCACGCCCCCAAUCCGUCCCCACUCGCUCUGCGCCGCCGCCUUUCGCCGCCAGCCGGGGCGGCGCUCCUGCCGGACCGCGUGACCCCGUUCUCCUACGGGGCGGACGACGAAUCCGACGACCACCCGCGCGAGGAGUGCGGCCUGGUGGGGGUCGUGGGCCACCCGGACGCCUCCUCGCUCUGCUACCUGGGCCUGCAGAAACUGCAGCACCGCGGGGAGGAGGGCGCCGGGAUCGUCGCCGCCGGGGGCGACGGCAAGCUCAAGUCGGUGACCGGGCUGGGGCUCGUCGCCGACGUGUUCGGCGACCCGUCCAGGCUCGCCUCGCUCCCCGGCCCCGCCGCCAUCGGGCACGUGCGCUACUCCACCGCCGGCGCCGCCGCGUCCCUGCGGAACGUGCAGCCGUUCCUGGCGGGCUACAGGUUCGGUCAGGUCGCCGUGGCGCACAACGGCAACCUCGUCAACUACCAGGCGCUGCGGAGCAAGCUGGAGGCGCGCGGCUCCAUCUUCAACACCACCUCCGACACGGAGGUCAUCCUCCACCUCAUCUCCACGUCGCUCUCGCGACCGCUGCUGGCGCGCAUCUGCGACGCCUGCGAGCGCCUCGCGGGGGCCUACUCGCUGCUCUUCCUCACGGCCGACAAGCUGUUCGCCGUGCGCGACCCGCACGGGUUCCGCCCGCUGGUGCUCGGCCGCCUCCCCAACGGCGCCGUCGCCUUCGCGUCCGAGACCUGCGCGCUGGACCUCAUCGACGCCGCCUACGAGCGCGAGGUGGAGCCCGGGGAGGUGGUCAUGGUCGACCGCCGCGACAUGUCCGUCUCCUCGGCCUGCCUCGUCCCGCGCCUGCCCCGCCGGGCCUGCGUCUUCGAGCACAUCUACUUCUCCCUCCCCAACUCGGUCGUCUUCUCGCACGACGUCCACGAGCGCCGCACCGCCUUCGGCCGCGCCCUCGCGGAGGAGUCCCCGGCGCCGGGCGCCGACGUGGUCAUCCCUGUUCCCGACUCUGGCUUCUACGCCGCGCUGGGCUUCUCGCGCGAGUCGGGGCUGGAGUUCCAGCAGGGCCUGAUCCGGUGGCACUACAGCGGGCGCAGCUUCAUCCAGCCGACGCAGGCGAUCCGGGACCUGGCCGUGAAGCUCAAGUUGGCGCCCGUGCGCGGCGUGAUCCGCGGCAAGAGCGUGGUGGUGGUGGACGACUCCCUGGUCCGCGGCACCACGUCGAGCAAGAUCGUGCGGCUGCUCCGCGACGCCGGCGCGCGCGAGGUGCACAUGCGCAUCGCCAGCCCGCCGGUGGUGGGGUCGUGCCUGUACGGCAUCGACACGCCGAGCGACGGGGAGCUCAUCUCGAACCGGAUGGACCUGGAGGGCGUGCGCCGCGAGAUCGGCAGCGACUCCCUCGCCUUCCUCUCGCUGGACAAGCUGCACGGCAUCUACGGCGAGGAGGCCGGCGACUACUGCGACGCAUGCUUCUCGCGCAAGUACCCCGUGCUGCCCACGCUCCCCGAGCCGGCGGCCGAGUUCGAGGAGGAGGAGUGA